CGACGCUCGACUCGGCACUCAGCUCGUAUUUUUAGUGCUCGCGUGCGAAAUUUGGUGUCAAAGUGAAAAAAAUAAACAUUUACGUGAGAUCUACCCGCACAGUCUGACGAAACAACAACAACAACAACAACAACAAUAACAGCAGCAAGGACGAGUUGGAUCAGCCCGCUGAGAAGGAGGCGCUGCAGAAGCGGCACCAUCAGCAGCAGCAGCAGCAGCAGCAGCGGCACACGCCAAGUUCAAAAUUAACGCCUGACAAUGACAAAGGGCUCCACUGGGCGGCCAACAGCAACAACGUGGCGCCCGCCAGCAACAGCAACAAUCAAAACAACAACAGCAACGCCAGCAAUAACAACAAUCAAUGAGCGCAGCACGAGCUGGCGUCGACGCUGCACAACAACAACAACAACAGCAACAACAAUGCGAAUGAGCCGCGCCUCGUUGUACGCCUCGCUGCCGGCCUGCGGCAUAUCCUGGCUGCUGUUCGUCCUGUGUCUGCUUAGCUGCCUCUGCUGUUACACAGUUGCGCUGGAGGAGGACUGCGUGGACUUUCAGGGUAACAAGGUGAACCAUGGCAUGCUCUAUGUGCCCGGACCUGGUGUUUGUAGUCUAUGCGUUUGCUAUCAUUCCGAGCCGCUGUGGUGCAAGGCCAUUUACUGUGAUCCGCCCUACUUCUGUAAAAACUUCAGAGUAGGCGAACGAUGCUGCGAAUUCGAGUGUUUGGAUCCGCCUGGCGAGGACAAGCUUUAUCAGGAACGUAUGCGUAAACGCGCCGAGAUUCUGGCCGGGAACAGCACCGCCUGUCAAGUGCAGGUCGCACCCUUGGCCGUGUCCACCAUAAUGUUCAGCUUUCUGGGCAACAGUUUUCUCAAUUUAUAACUUGAGCAGAAAUCGCUUGAGUAACGGCGUUUAGCAAUAAGUCAGCCCGACCUCCCCAAUCCCCUACCCUACAACUCGCCACCCAGAUCUUAAGUAGAUAGUGGGAAGGUUCGUUUUUGUUAACUCUGUCCCGGAGACCAGCCAGCCCCCCCUAAAAAGCUAAACCCCAAAUGGAUACUUAUUACAAUGUAAUAACUGCAACUAACAAGAUUUAUAUAGGUGCAUUCAAAAGAUUUCAAAUAAAAAAGAAGAUACAUGUAUAUACGUAUAAAUGUAUAUAUAUAUACAUAUAUAUAUAUAUAUUUAUAUAAAUGAUAUGAUUUGGAGUAAUACAGAACAAAACAUAGGUUCUCAACUUAUAUAUGUAUGUCCCUAGUCUUAUGUAGGUACAAUAAAGCAAGCAUAUAAAGCGCAUAUAUAUAUAUAUUUAAUACAGUCCAAGCCAACCGACUUCAGAUCUGGUACAGUCGGCACACAAAAUACUAGAAAAAUACUUGAAAAAAACCAACAACAAAAAAAUAAUAAUAAUAAAAAAAAACCAAAUCACACUCAUGAAGCGAACGUAAAGACAGUCUUUAACUAGCUCCUAAGUCUAUAUAGAAUAUAGCAGAUAUUAAAAAUGGAAAAAAACAAAUAUAUAUAUAUUAAUAUAUAUAUAUACGAGUUUAUACUCAACUUGUACAUACGCGUAUAGCUGCCUAGCUUUAUAUAAUUCGGAUCAAAAACUUGUUAAUUAGUGUUUAGCUAAAUGAAUCAAGUACGAUAAUAGACAAUUAAUGAUAUAGUAUGAACUAAAAUGUGCAUUCAGCCACUGUACACGCACUUUUUAAUACACAUAUAUAUAUAUAUAUAUAUAUGCAUAUAUAUAUAUACGGCCCAACAAAUCUCGCCCCCAGUUCAAACACCUAGUGACAAUUGAUUUUUCCAAACUCGUCUUUUUUUCAUUCUUUAUUUAGAUCUUAAGAUCUUAUACUUGCAAUUCAAUAACUGUAGUAAAUUACACAUAUCAUUAAACACACACACACACACACACACACACAUACACUUGCAUAAUUAUAAUAUAUAUGCCCAAAAUCGUAUAUAUUUUGCAUUGGUGCUAAUUUUAUUGUAGGUUAAACACGAUCCAAACACACACACACACACACACACACACACAAUCGCACACAUCAUUUGAUUCCAAAUCAAAGGCCAUAUCAACUGGCUUAGCAAGCAUCGAAAGAACUCUCAAAUCUACACAGAUAACACCUUUAAGAGGACCUAACCUUAAAAACAAAAAACCUAACCUCAAAACUAAAGAAUUUUGAAUUUCAUUUGCCAGCCAAUAACAAACUUUAACAACUAAUCGAAAUCUUUAAUAAAAGUAUUUGAAUAAACAAUAACAAAAAAAAAAACUAUAACUCAAAUCCUUAAUAGCCAUUUUAAUAGCCGCAAAAAACUUCUAAAUAUAAAAGAAAUAUAAAAAAAAAAAACUUUAACUAGGGUUGAGUUUCGUUUUCAUUUUCUCCGAAUCGUAGAACUUAAGCAUUUGAAGCGUCUCUUUCGAUAUAAAAAUAGUUGAACCUGAUUUGAUUUCUAGGCAUUUCUUGCAGGACCAGACCAGCUAAAGCAAACGUCUAAUUAACUAACUAAUUAAAAUUGCAAACAUAAAGCAAAAAGUGUUAUUAACAAAAUGAUAAGAUUCAAUAAAUUAUCGAUAGCUACAGUGAACACCACAAAUAUGGGCAAUGCCUUGCGCAUUGCGUAUACACAUAUACGAUAUGCUAAGGAGUACGGCUGUGACAAUUUUUUGUUUGCCUCACACAACUGUAAAUAAUAUAUAUACAUAUAUAUACGAUAUGAAAAGCAACAAAUCAAUAUUAAUUGCAAUAUUUAAUAAUUCAAAUGACAACAAGAACAACAAAAAAUGGUAUAAAGAGGCUCACACGUAAACAAGCUUUUCUCUAGUCUAUGAAUAGCCAGGAAAAGUUAUUUAAAAAAAAAAAUUAAAAACAAAUUAAGAAUAAAACUCAUUUACGGCUAUGUCGUAAAAAAUGCCCCUGCAGUUCAUAUAGGGUAUAUGGAUCUGAGCAGAACAAGUUCUACAUAAGAUAUUUCUCGAGUAAAGUCAAUAUUCAAAUUUCAAUGUUCUCCAAGCAUUCGCAGCUAAGAUUAACUGAAAGAAAAAAAAACUAUCUAAGAUAUAGUCCGAUAUAGAACUUAUUCAAAUUUUAGCCAUUUAUGUCUAUAAAAUCUUUAGAAAUUGUUUCUGCCUGGUUUCUUAUAUGAUAAAAGUUCUUUAAAUUAUAGUUUAGUAAUUAGUUUAGUAUUUAGUAUUUUAUGUUAUCUUCCUUUAAAUAAUAGCUUCUUUUUUACUAUCUCAUGUCUUUAAAAAUAUUUGAUUAAAAUCUUGCUGUUUGCCUCUAUAAUACAACUUCUUCAAAUUAAACCCACAAAUUUAGUAUUUAAAAGGUAUUUAUAGUAUUUUGAAAAGGCUUCUUCUGGUGCCUUAUAUAAAACACCUUUGAUUUAGUAUUUAAAGUAUUUGAAAUCUUUUAAAAAGGAUUCUUCCUGUUUUCUCACAUAAUACAACUUCUUCAAUUUGAAACCUUCUAGUUGGUAUUAAAUUCCCAAGUUCCGGUUCCCCAGUUCCCCAACAAACUAUCUACUGCAGGGGUACAAAAUGAAGCAGAAACAAUAAACAAUGAUCUUAACUGAAUGUACAAUUCGAAUGCCACAAUAUCUGACCAAUAUGCAAAUAUAUAUAGUAUAUUUAUGCAUUAAAAAAUAUAAUUUAAAAAAAAAAACGAUUAAUACGAAGUCAUAAACCUAAAUAAUGUGUAUUUUUAAGAUGAUAAAUCGACAAAUUUAAAUAGAAUCCAAAAAACUAAUAAAUACUAUCCAAUGAUAAAGCGCUUUAAAAA